GAGAGGAGAGAGAGAGUGGGAGGGAGGAGGCGGGAAUCCCGCAGUUGAGCCUCGGAGGUGACACGUAAGUGCGGGGCUGGAAGGCGGCCAGGGCGACCCAGGAGGAGGAGGAAGAGCCGCCCCCGGGGGAAAAGUUGCCCUUCCUGCUCCGCGAGAGAAAGGAACUUUUAGCCCGAGGGGAGGCAGGAGGAGGGUGAAGCCCCGGUUGGAGAAGGGUGCCUGGGGAGGCACAAGGCAGGAGCCCGCCUGGAGCAGAAGAAGAGGGAAAGUCAGGUGGGCCAGGAACAAAAGAGACCUUGGCGGGCCAUAACCUUGGGAUUUGCCCUCAGGGAGCCUCUCUACUCAAUAAAAAGUAAUUUGCGAAAGAGGAGAGAACCAAUCCGGGAUGCCUUCUCUACCCUGAUAAGUGGAUGUGGCCCCAUCCAGAGGGCAAGAAGCACCAAGAAGGGGAGCUCAGCCCCAACCUCCUUUGGCCUUCCUAUUCUUCCCUGGCCACUUGCCCUCUCCAGGAUGGCCUGAGACGCCUGGCAAGACUUCAGGCCCAAGGGAGUUCUCGUUAGGGUCAGGGUCUAUGGCUCUGAUGCCCGUGCCCCAUGCUGAGGUUUGCCUGAACGCUGAAGUCUAGAGGCGGACAAGCUCCCGGAUUCCCCCAAGGGAAGGACUAUGGGCAACGGGAUGUGUUCCCGAAAGCAGAAGCGCAUCUUGCAGUCCCUCUUGCUCCUCACCGUGGUCUUCGGCUUCAUCUACGGGGCCAUGCUCUACUACGAGUUGCAGAACCAGCUCAAGAAGGCAGAGGCCAUUUCCAUCAAGUACCAGCAGCACCAAGAGGCCCUUUCGGCACAACUCCAAGUUGUGUAUGAACACCGGUCAAGACUGGAAAAAUCUUUACAAAAAGAGAGACUUGAACAUAAGAAAGCAAAAGAAGACUUUCUUGUUUAUAAACUUGAAGCACAAGAAACACUAAAUAAGGGAAGGCAAGAUUCCAAUAGUAGAUACAGUGCAUUGAAUGUUCAACACCAGAUGCUGAAGAGUCAACAUGAGGAAUUAAGGAAACAGCAUUCGGACCUGGAAGAGGAUCAUAGGAGACAAGGAGAAGAUUUUAACCGUGUAGUCAAUGAUCACAAACAGAGAUAUGCAGAGCUACAGCAAGAUAAAGAGCAAGAGCUGUCAAAGAUAAAGGAAUCCAUGUAUAAUCUGCGAGAAGAAAACAGGCAGUUGAGGAAAGCCCACCAAGAUAUUCAUACCCAGCUACAAGAUGUGAAGCUGCAGCAUAAGAAUUUGCUCUCCCAACAUGACCAGCUUGUAGUGACAUUGGAAGAACACAAGAGUGCGCUAGACGCUGCGCAGUCCCAGGUGGAGGAAUACAGGCAGUUGAAGGACACCCUGAAAAAGAUGCCCAGUUUCCAGAAGCCUGAAAGUUUUAACCAGCCACAUUCUCAGCUAGAAACACCAACGCCUUUUCCACUAAGUGAUUCCAAAGCACAUGGCGCAGGUGCUGAUGACAAGCAGGUUGUGCUGAAUGGUGAACAGCCACUAGGAGGAGAAGAAACCAAUAGAGGAGUUCAUUCAGAAGGAAGAGAAGAGAGAGCUGGACUGUUCCAUCCUGGCAGAAAAGAAUUUGAAGGUCAUGUGUUGCGGGAGUUAAAUAUCCAGGAGAAGCAGGAAGCUGGAGAGGAUGAAGAGCAACAUGUGGAGCAGGUUGCAGAGGAACACAAAAAGGAACUUGAGGAAGAGGAAAUGGAGCAAGCAGGACAACCAGAGCACUUAACAGAGGAUCUCGACCAAGUCCCUGGGGAACAUGACUGGAAGGAAAAAGAUCGGACUGAAGAAGAGACCAAGAUUAUGCAGGAACACAAUCACUCAGAGGAUCCCCCGACUGCAAAGACUGUAACUGUACAUAGGUACAAAUCACCCUAUGAAGAGCAGUUGGAGCAACAGAAGUUGGCUGCACAGAGAGCAGAAGAAGCCAACCGCCUCCGGGAACGACAGGAAUCUCUGCAUCAGGGGAAGCUACAGGAACAGUUGUUAAGGCAGCAGCAGCUUCAAGAAAGAGAAUUGACCCUACGGAGGCAAGCAGAGCGGGAUGAAGAACACUUUAAGCACCAACUGAGCCAACAAUCCCAUUAUGACAACCUAGAUCAGGAUAUUGUACAAGGAGAAGAACAAGGUGCGCAGGAAGAAGAGGAAGAAAACUAUGAGCGGCAGAACCAGCAUUUGGAUGAAGCAGAGGAAGACCAAAAUAAUGCAAAUGAACAACAUGAUCGGGAACUGGACCACCAAGCUUUGAGUGAGCAGAAUGAUGAUCCGAAGACAGGUGGCGAUGAUGUCAACCCAGCCGAUGAUCCCAAUAAUCAGGGUGAAGAUGAAUUUGAAGAAGCAGAACAAGAGAGAGAAGAGAACCUACCUGAUGAGAAUAAGCAGCUAAAAUCAAAUAACCAGAAGCAACAAAACCCUGAAAUGGAUGAGCAUUUAGUGAUGGUGGGUAAUCCCGAUCAGCAAGAAGACAACAUUGAUGAACAGUACCAAGAAGAGGGAGAAGAAGAGGCCCAGGGAGAUUUGACAGAAGAGAAGAAAAGGGAGUUGGAACACAAUGGUGAAGAACCAUAUGGUGAAAAUGAUGAAAAUGCUGAAGAGAAAAUGAGUGAAGGUGCUGAUCAAGAAAUUCCAGAAGAAACCCAUCGGAAAGAAGGUCAUGAUGAAAACUAUGAAGAGCAAGAUGAGGAAGAGGAAGAUGAGGAAGGUGAUACUGCAGCCGCAAAAGCCCAUAGAAGAGGAGAAAUGUAAUUUUCAAGCUACUCCACUCCUUCUUGGAAAUAGACUGUGCAGAUCCUAGAGAAGGACAGAAUGAACCUUUUAAAAACCAAUACAUAUGUAUUAUUUUUGUUGGAAUUUUGCGCAUUUAUAUGAAUGCAAUAUUUUAGAUUAGUUUUCUUUUUAUAUAAAAUUGUAUGUGACAAAAAUCCCCAAUAGAAUGCAAGAGAUGGUAUUUCUUCACCCUUAUUUCCUCCCACCACUACCUUAUUUUUUGUAAUGAUGUUUCUUUUUUAAAGUUUGAGUUUCAACUUUGGCAUUGUCUUAAUAGUGGCCAGUCUUUUCGCCUAAAAUGGCAUUGUUUGCAAAACAGUGACAAAAGAAGUGCCUGCGCUUGAUAUUUUGGAAAAGGGCUGUGAGAGGCCUUGCACCAACAUCUCAGUUUUGUGGGUCUUCCCACUGUGGUGCCUUACCACAUAUUCAUUUUCAUUGCAGUGAAUUUGUCCUGAAUUUUGUCUGAAGCAAUCAGAUAAAAACUUAGUUUCUCGCGAGUUACUACGUCAGAAACAGCAUCAUUUUAGGCAUAACAUUCAGGUGCACUAUAACACAGCCUUUUGUUACAUUCCUCCUGGGGAGGCAUUGAAUAUCUUGGAUUAUUCAAAACACAGCUUGAAAAAAAAUUGUUAAACAUCAAUUUGUUGCCCCUAAUUCUUUAAAAAGUUAUAGCAAUAUUUCUUAAAUUCAUAAUUUUAAUUGCUAAAUUGCAGUGACAUUAUUUUUGAGCAACAAUUAAUGUUUCUCAUUACUUUCACCAUUUGUCACUAGCCAUUUUUAAUAAUUGUAAAUGAUUUUUCUCAUUAAGUGAGAAAUUCAUAUUUAGAGAAAUCUUAAGAUUUCCAUGUCAAUGAAUUAAACAAAUUUAAUAUAUUUAGCAAUACCAAUGUAUUAGUGCUAAGUCUAACCUUUCCAAGCUCUAGAUCCAAACAACUUUAUCUAUGCAGCAGCAGUACUGAACAAACAUAUGCUUAUACACACACCACAAUAGUGUGUGAUUAUAUGAUAAGGCAUAGUAGUUUGUAUUAGAGUGUUCAUAUUGAAAGGUUAUUUUAUGCCAUUUCAGACAAUUAUACAUUUCUAGACAGGUUUUCUAGAGUGAAACCAACAAUUAGUUGUCUUUAGUGCUUUUUCUACUUAAGAGCACAGAGAUAACAUAUUAAUGACAUAUGUUCACUUAGUAAUUCUUACAACAACAUUUCCAUGUAGAGCAGUGUUGCUUUCCUUAUAUUUCAACAUUGAGAGAUGACUCGUUCCUGUCCUUCCAUUGCUAGGAGACAUCCUCUUUGUUUAGUCUGCACUGUUACUCGCUGCAGUUCAUUCCAGUUCAGCAAACUCUGCAGAGCCUCAUAAUUCCCAGGCAAACAAUAGACUCAAAUUCUGGUGUAUUGUGCAGCAUGAGCAAUGAAGCAACAAACAAUAAAGAGCAUGGAUUUGGAUAGACCAGACACAACAAGACUGCAGCAUUUUAUCUCAGUAUCCAUUACAGGCCAAAAAGUGACUUCUGCCACAAGUUAAGUUGUGAAGCAAACACGCAAUGCAUAUUUUGACUCAGAGGGGUGGAAUUCAAAGCUGGAAGCCUAUGACAAAGAAAUUACAAGAUGCCCAGGAUCAUGUUACUUAAAUUCAUAUUGUGAUUAGAUCAAUGAGUUACAAUAUAUUUACUGUGAAUUACAUUGGAGGCCAGUGCAAAGUUGAACACUUCCCUGGUCUGAAACCAUGCCUAAGGAGUCAAAAGGAGGCUUGUAUGCUUCAUCCAGUAUCCCUUAACCUCAUAAUUCUUUCACAGGAAAAAUGGUAUAACCCAUCUUUCAAGAUGGUUUCGAACUAGGGUUUGAAAUUUAUUUUAUAUCCUAGUUAAGCUUGGAAAAAUUAUUUUUAUAGACUACCACUUCUUUUUUACUACAAUUUCCAGCUUAUACUAACCAGUAUGACUAUAGGUCAUGUUGACUGUGGAAUUCUGAAUAUUGUGGCCCUCAAAGUAACUUUCCCAAAUUCUGGGAGUGAGAAUUAAAUUGUUCCUUCACAAAGUUGGAUGUACCACAGCCCUCAUCCAAAACCAAAUUCAUUUGUGUAUCUACUGAUUACCAUGUUUUUUUUUAAGAAGGCGAGAGAUCCAUUUGGUGAUUUUUCACACUCUCAUGUGGUUUCAUCCUGAAGUGAGAGGACUCAUGCAGCACAAAUCUACUAGUAGGAAUUUUGACUCCAUUAGUAUUGAAUUAGAUGUAAUGGCUUUGUGGGGAUCUUCAGGUCAAGUCUACUGCAGUCUAACCAGUGCAAAUACUCUUUCUUGUGUGUUGUACUAGAGACCUGUACUCAAUGAAAGAAAGUUUGCAACAUGUCUUUUCAUUUUCAGAAGCAGUGUGUGAUUUGAAAUGUAUGGGUUAUGCUACUUCAGCCUUUUUACACAAGUGUAAUAUAGUUCAUUUUGUACUAACCUGAUAAUUUGCUUUUAUAAAUGUUUUCAAUUAUUCUUUAUAUAGAUUUUUAAAGUAAGCAACUUCUAACACUUCUCUGGACUGUAUGUGUGAAGUGCAGAUUUAAAAUUUUCUGAUUGCCACAAAAAUGAUUUAUCUUAAAUGUAGGGGGAAAGGUAUCCCUGUUUACAUAUAUAGCUGUAAAGUGUAUAAUAUGUACAUAAUCUUUGGAAUACAAAUUUUUGAUACAUUUUGUGUGUAUUUUUAAUGCCAGGAGGCAGUAUUUAAUUAUUUUGAGGUAUAUUUGAAGGCCACCAAUAAACAAUAAAAUUUAAGGUAACAAUUA